AUGUCAACUCCUUCCCCAGACCACUCUCCAUUGCUGGGAAUAGCGCCAGAAGAGUCCAGUUUCAGACGCCGAAGAUUCGUCUUCCAAGUCAAAAAUGACAUUCUCAAUGCAAGGGAAUCAGUAUUUCUGAAAUAUGAGAGCAUAGAACCCAGCAUUGGAAGCCGUGCUGCACUCAGUCUCGACUCGGAUGGGGAGAUCGAGGCAAGAUCAGUCCUCAUCAAUUACAAUUCAGUCACCCAGAUCUUCACAGUCGAUAUGCCCACAGCUUUUCCCAGUUGUCAUCAACCCUGGAUUAUCGAUGAGUUCAUCCAGGCAGGGGUGUCGGGGUUCUUGACUUGCGCUGAAAAUGACGAUAUCACCAUGUCUUCAAACACUCGCUUCAAUACAUUUGCAGAAACAUAUCCGAUGUCAUUUGCUGUGCCAAAUCUCUACUUGGAACCGAGUGGCUUUCCCCUGCCCACGAUUGUGUUUGUAUCGGGGUUUGCCCAGUAA